AGGUCAUUGCCCCAACAGGGCAGUGGAGAGAUGGUGCGCCCUACCGGUUCCUCCGACGCCAUGGUUGUGGUGAUGGACGGUUGGGCGUGGCUCGAUGGAGCAGGCAGGAGGGAGGAGUGGUGGUCGACAACAAAAUUACUUUGUGUUGAUGCGGGAGCCGUUUGCUAUAGCGAUGGCAUAGCAAGGUAGGUAAGGGAUCGGCGAGGCAGCAAAAAAGGUACCGCGCACUGAGACAGAUUGAAGAUCGCGCAAAGCAAGGGCAUACACACACGAGGGAAAUGUGUGGUAAGUAGAGAAGAAAGUAGAGAGAGGUAGAGGCGGCCGUCCCCGAUGUGCUUGUGUACAAGUUGGGUUGUGAAAUGGCGGACUCCAGGGACGCGCUUGGGUUGCGAUGCGACGCUUCGCUUGGGUGCUGCACUGGCAAUCCUCGUGGAAAUAUCAACAACUGAUUGGCGACCCGGUCGUAUUCAAGUAGUCGGUCAAGCUCGCGUUUCUCACACCGCAAAUGAGGGCGAUAAAAAUGACGAUGUGGUUCAGGUUGCAGACGUGUUAUUGCGGAGGUAUGGAUGGCCGGUCGAGCGCAAACAAUUGACAACAAGGAGACGACGGCGACGACGAAGACGACGACAGCAAGAUCGGGCAGGUUUGGGGUGGGUUGACUGUACUGUGCAAAGUUGGGUUGCUAAUUGGGGGUCGAGUUGGUCAAUGGCAAGCAGCAGUCAGCUUGGAGUCGUGGAAAUGGAAGGUUGGAGACGGGGAGGAGAGAGGUCUAGCUCGCCGGGGUUGACCUUGGUCGUGGUGUUUAUGGAAGGCAUCCUCCGGUAACAGGAUGAACCACGGUCUCUGAUUGGCUGGGAAGCGACCAGCAUGAGCCUUGACUCCCUCACUCUCUUGAAAAGUGGAGUUGCUGUAGUAACGCUAGAACACUAAGGUACAGGUGCGCACCACCUGUUCUUGCC